GCGGCUGCCGCGGCGGCCUAAGCGUCAUGCUUCGGGCUCUCAGCGGCGGCUGUGGCCUCGGCCAGGGCCUCGAGUCUCUCCUGCGAGUGAGCGCUCCGGCGCCUCUCCGCCGGCCCCGGUGAGGCGGGACGGAGAGGAGGCCGCCAGGAAGAGAGGAGGCUGUGAGGAACGGCGAGAGAGCGGCGCUCGAGCCCCGCAGGCACCAUGGCUGGCAUCAUCAAGAAACAGAUCCUGAAGCACCUCUCCAGUACAUCUGGGCCUGCAGAGACCGAUACUGCAACCAAGGACCGUGCAUGGAGAGGACCUAGACCUGCUCAGAUGAAGCCUGUAGGCUGCUCAGCGUUCCCUGCUGGCUGUGGUGGAGAUUGGUGUGCUGUGAAUUGCACAAUCACCCAAGUGAGUCCCAGAAGAGUCUAAGAGACCCUGGCAGCUGACUGCUUGCUCUCACCAGGAAUAGGGACCCUUUGUCUGAAUUUCCUGCCCUCAGGUUUACUAAAAAUUUAUCUCCUGACAAGAUCAAUCUGAGCACCCUCAAAGGAGAAGGCGAGCUGAAGAACCUGGAGCUGGACGAGGAGGUGCUCCAGAACAUGCUGGAUCUGCCCACCUGGCUGGCCAUCAACAAAGUGUUCUGUAACAAAGCGUCCAUCAGGAUUCCAUGGACGAAACUGAAAACACAUCCCAUUUGUUUGUCUCUAGAUAAGGUAAUAAUGGAGAUGAGUACAUGUGAAGAGCCACGAGCCCCUAAUGGCCCCUCACCAAUUGCAACUGCUUCAGGACAGAGUGAAUACGGCUUUGCUGAAAAAGUAGUUGAGGGAAUUACUGUUUCUGUCAAUUCCAUUGUCAUCAGAAUUGGAGCGAAGGCUUUCAAUGCUUCCUUUGAACUUUCUCAGCUCCGUAUCUAUAGUGUCAAUGCAAACUGGGAACAUGCAGACUUGAGAUUUACUCGUAUUCAAGAUCCACAGAAAGGAGAGGUUUUGACAUUCAAAGAAAUAAACUGGCAGAUGAUUCGAAUUGAGGCAGAUGCUACCCAAAGUUCACAUCUUGAAAUUAUGUGUGCUCCUGUUCGAUUAAUAACAAACCAGUCAAAAAUCAGAGUCACCCUUAAGAGAAGAUUAAAAGACUGCAAUGUCAUUGCCACAAAGUUAGUUCUAAUACUGGAUGAUUUGUUAUGGGUUUUAACGGAUUCCCAGUUGAAAGCUAUGGUGCAAUAUGCAAAGUCUCUUAGUGAAGCAAUAGAAAAAUCAACAGAACAAAGGAAGAGUAUGGCUGCUGAACCUACGCAGAGCUCUUCGGUGGCUUCAUCUGCACAGCACGUGAAGUCCCCACAGGCUGCGAAUGCUUCCGACGUAAGCGAUGCAAUCGUGAAGCUCUUCAGUGACUUUGAUGUUAAGGAGACCUCCCAUCAUCUGGUGAUUUCCCAUCUAGAUCUACACAUCUGUGACGAUGUCCAUGCAAAAGAAAAAGACUCAAAUAGACGUAUUAGUGGAGGUGCUAUGCAGCUCUCUUUCACACAGCUGACCAUUGACUAUUAUCCUUAUCAUAAAGCAGGAGAUAGUUGUAAUCACUGGAUGUAUUUUAGUGAUGCAACCAAAACAAAAAAUGGAUGGGCUAACGAGUUGUUACAUGAAUUUGAAUGCAAUGUUGAAAUGCUUAAACAGGCUAUGAAGGAUCAUAAUGCAGGUUCACCUCCUAAAUCUCCAACACGUGCUUCUCCCCAGCACCUCCAAACAGAGAAAGAGCCCACUCUGAAAGGGACUCCUAAAACACCUUCAGUAUUAUUUCAACCAUCGAAAGCUAAGCUAAUGUCUAGUUCUGUUGUUGUUAGACUCGCAGAUUUCAAUGUAUACCAGGUCUCUACAGCAGAACAAUGUCGUUCUUCUCCUAAAAGUAUGAUUUCCUGCAACAAAAAAUCCCUGUAUCUUCCACAAGAAAUGUCUGCUAUCUAUAUAGAGUUCACGGAAUAUUACUAUCCAGAUGGGAAGGAUUUUCCAAUUCCAGCUCCUAAUCUAUAUAGCCAGCUGAAUGCACUACAGUUUACUGUAGAUGAAAGAAGCAUUCUAUGGUUAAACCAGUUUCUACUAGAUUUAAAACAGAGUCUUAAUCAGUUCAUGGCUGUGUACAAGUUGAAUGACAAUUCAAAAUCCGAUGAACAUGUUGAUAUUCGAGUUGAUGGCUUAAUGCUAAAGUUUGUCAUUCCUUCAGAAAUGAAACCAGGCUGCCAUCAAGAUCAGCCACAUACAGUGUCUAUUCAGAGCUCCGAAAUGAUUGCCACCAAUACCAGGCACUGUCCAAACUGCCGACAUUCUGACCUAGAAGCCUUGUUUCAAGACUUUAAAGAUUGUGACUUUUUUAGCAAAACUUAUACUAGAUUCCCCAAAUCUUGUGACAGUUUUAAUCUUCUCCAUCCGAUUUUCCAGAGACAUGCCCAUGAGCAGGAUACCAAAAUGCAUGAAGUUUAUAAAGGGAAAAUUAUUCCCAAAUUGAAUAAAAACACACUAAAAACUUCUGCUGCUACUGAUGUGUGGGCAGUGUACUUUUCCCAGUUUUGGAUAGACUACGAGGGGAUGAAAAGUGGGAAGGGACGACCAAUAAGCUUUGUAGACUCUUUCCCUCUGUCUAUCUGGAUUUGCCAGCCAACAAGAUACGCAGAGUUACAGAAACAGCUCCAGGCUUGUGACCAAGGGUCUCUUAAUACCUCACAAAGUGAGUCCAGUGAUCUAGCUGGCCGGAUGAAGCGGAAGAGACUGCUGAAGGAGUAUUACAGUACGGAGUCUGAGCCUUUGACAAAUGGUGAUCAGAGAUCUGCACCGGAAACAUUUUUAAAGUUUUCCUCUUCGUCUUCAGAUGCGGACGUUCACGUCCUGGUCCGUGUUCAUAAACAUGUCAGUAUGCAGAUCAAUCACUACCAAUAUCUGCUGCUGCUUUUCAUACACGAGUCACUCGUUCUGCUUUCAGAUACCUUACGGAAGGACGUAGAAGCCGUGACCGGCAGCCCUGCUGCCCAGACUUCCAUUUGUGUUGGAAUUUUACUGCGGAGUGCGGAGCUCGCCCUCCUGCUGCAUCCAGUGGACCACGCCAGUCUGCGCUCUCCUGCUUCCGAGAGCGCGAGCCCGCUGCUUCCUGACUAUCUGCCCUCAGAAGAUGGAGGGUUUUUGUCUUCAAAGCGAAAGCAAGGUGGUGGCAUACAUCGAAUUAGAAAUGCUGCUCUCAAUCACAUGUCAGACAACAGGUCGAUGAGUGUUGACCUUAGCCAUGUCCCUUUAAAGGAUCCUGUGCUUUUUAAAUCAGCCAGCGACACAAAUCUGCAAAAAGGCACCUCUUUUCUAGACUAUUUAUCAGAUAAACAUUUAGGGAAAAUAAGUGAAGAUGAAAGUAGUGGACUUGUUUACAGGAGUGGCCCAGGAGAAACGACACCAGAAAUAAGUCACAGGAAAGGUUUGUCUUUCACAGACUCAGAUAGUUUUUUGAACUGCGGAGAUGACUCGAAUAUGCUGUCACUGGUCAGCCACGGCAACCAGAGCACACCUUCAAAUACCGGAACUGGUAAGGGAAAUGAAGCCAUACGGUCCAUCUUCAAAGCUGAAGACUUCCUUCCGGAAGUGGCUUCCCUUUCUGAGAACCCAGACAGUAGUAAAGAAGAGGCCCCCACAGCCAGAGCACUUAAAUCCCAGCCCCCUCUCAGUGUUAAACCUAAGGAACGUUGCCCACCCACCCCAGCUCCACUCUCUGUUUCUUAUAAGAACAUGAAAAGGAGCGCCUCACAGAUCUCCCUGGAUACCAUUUCACUGGACAGUAUGGUAUUGGAAGAGCAGUUGGAGAGCUACGGAAGCGAUAGCCAUGUGUUGUUGGGAAGAGCAAUUAAAAGGAACUCAAAUACAAGUUGCCAGAGCCCAGCAGAGAGUGUGAACACCAGUGCAAAUAUGCAGAACUAUGGGGAAGCCUCUCCAGAUGCCGUCAGCACUAACUCAGAGGGCGCUCAGGAGAGCCUCGAUGACCUGAUGUCAGUUGUGUUGUUUAAAAUCACUGGUAUUAAUGGGGAAAUUGACAUCCGCGGAGAUGAUACAGAAGUCUGUCUUCAGGUGAACCAGGUGACACCAAGUCAGUUAGGCAACGUCAGUCUGCGGCAUUACCUUAGUAAUCGUCCAGUUGGUUCUGACCAGAAAGCUGUAAUUCAUCCUAAGUCCUCUCCUGAGAUUUCUCUGAGGUUUGAAAGUGGGCCCAGUGCUGUAGUACACUCUUUGCUUGCAGAAAAAAACGGAUUCCUUCAGUGCCACAUAGAGAACUUUAGUACUGAGUUUCUGACUUCUUCCCUUCUGAAUAUUCAACACUUUUUAGAAGAUGAAACUGUUGCAACAGUAAUGCCAAUGAAGAUACAAGUUUCUAAUACAAAGAUAAAUUUGAAAGAUGACAGUCCCCGGGGUAGCACCGUGUCCCUACAGCCAAGCCCAGUGUCUGUGCAUAUCGAUCAUCUUGUGGUGGAGAGGAAUGAUGACGGCUCUUUUCAUAUCAGAGAUUCUCACAUGUUUAGCCCGGGGACCAGUUUCAGAGACAAUGCCCACAGUGAUUCAGUGGUACUGACCCGGGGGCCAUGUGAUGUGAGGAAGCAGCACAGUGUCACCCAGGCCACCCAGACAAGCCCAGAGGUCCCUUCCCCUUCUCAGUCAGCUGACUCUCCUGAGCACCCUCUUGGCAUUACAAGGGAACAGCUCAUGAAGGAAAAUGAGUGUCUUAAGAAGGAGCUGGCUCGCACCAAGACAGCCCUUGCGGAGGCUCACUCGGCCAGAGAUGAACUUCUCCAUCAAAUGAAGCGCAUGGCCCUUGAGUAGCUGCAGUGGCUGCGAGGGUUUGGAUUGGAGCUCUGGAGUAAAAUGAUUGUUUAAAACUUGAUGUAACCAGUUAGUGGGAGAUUUCCCUUUACAUGAAAUAAAGCAAAACAGCCUGUGGUGAAGCGA